CGGCCCGCGGCUCCGCCUCCCCGUGGACUCUGGUGCCCCGUGGUCGCCGCCGCCGCCGCCUCCCCCGCAGCCGCCGCGAGAGAGAUGCCCCGAGCCAGGCCUGUCACCAGGGACCUCUUUGCCGACUCCUUCCUGCGCGAGCAUCUCCCGGGUGCUGGGACCGUCCCUGGCAUGACAGACGUCACGGACGCCAGCGCUCCUGCACCCCUCCGCCACAGGGCGCACCCCAGCGGCCCGAACGACGUGGCCAUGCGGCUGGCCUUCAUCGGGGACGAGAUGGAGGUGCGGUGGGCGCUGCCCGGCCGGGCUGUGCACAGCCUGGCCGUCACCUACAGCCGGACGGGCCUGCGGGGCGUCCUUAGGGGCCUCGUCAGGAACCUCAGGGAGAGCGCACGGAUCUGGGGCUUCCUGACCCUCCGGGCCCGGGUGCCCCCCGCCCUGGGGCGCGAGCUGGUGCUGUCCGUGGUGCUGGUGCUGCUCGUGGGCUGGGGUCUGCGCUUCCUGUGACCCUGCGGCUGCCGGCAGCCUGGGGGGCUGGACCCCCCUCCCGCCACCCUGGAGGUGGCCUCCUUGGUUCUCUUGUCUUUUUAACCCUUUUUGAUAUUUAAGCGGAGUGCUGGGACACUGCUGAGGUCGCUACUGGUUGGCUUUCCCUCGGGUCUGUUUUUGUAAGACAUGGAUUCCCUGGACCGCGGGCGUUACUGGUUAACGGCUCGCCGGCUGGGCCAGCAGCAGCGCUCCCCGCCCCGGCCCCCGCCUGCACCGUGCUGGGACUGUCGCCUGGCAGGCGGCCGGGGGGAGUGCUGGCCACACCCCCGUGUCUGUGGGGCCCCACGAGAACAUCUGCUGGAGUAGGUUUCUGAGGGGUGGGAGAGCACAAUAAACUGUUGGUUUCCAGCCGGUGUCCGUCCUCUCUGGGGUCC